GGGCUGCGGCCGCGGCCGGCGGCCUGUGGGGGAGGGGCGGGGGCUUCUGUGGCCAGGGGCCUCUGCAUGAGCCGCCUCCAAGGUCCCGGGCGAGCGCUGGAACCCCUCAGGUCUGGAACUCCGAGACCAAAGUCCUGUAAAAGACGGCUGCUUACGCUUUGGGGUCCCGGUCGGGAGGGGUGGGCACAGCACCCUGGGCCACCCCAGUGGACAAGCAGGUGUUGCCGUGCGUGUCCCCGGCUGGGGCUGGGGCUGGGCGCUGGCGGCUCGUGGCUGAGGGACGUGGCCAAGUAACUCAUGGCUGCGUGUGCUCAGGCCCCCACAGGGCCGAGCUCAGAGGUGGUCUCACCCCUCCAGGGGUCUUACAGGCAGGGGGCCGCCUCAGACAGGACCUCCAGCCCAGCUCCCAGGGAGACACUGGCCUCCAGGGUCAGUCACCACCGCCCGGGGGAGGCGCAUCCUCCCCUCGUGCCCUCACGCACACGGGUCCCAGCCGUCCACGCACAUGGCACAGGCUGUCCCAGCCGUCCACGCACACAGCACAGGCUGUCCCAGCUUCCAUCAUGCACACGGGCGCAGGCUGCCCUCACACACACGGGUCCCAGCUGUCCUCACGCACACGGCACAGGCUGCCCUCACACACAUGGGUCCCAGCCGUCCGCGCACACGGCACAGGCUGUCCCAGCUUCCAUCACGCACAUGGCACAGACUGUCCCAGCCGUCCACGCACACAGGUCCCAGCCGUCCACACACACUGCACAGGCUGUCCCAGCUUCCAUCACGCACACGACACAGGCUGUCCCAGCUGUCCACGCACACAGGUCCCAGCCGUCCAUGCACACCGCACAGGCUGUCCCAGCUUCCAUCAUGCACACGGGUGCAGGCUGCCCUCACACACAUGGGUCCCAGCCGUCCGCGCACACGGCACAGGCUGUCCCAGCUUCCAUCAAGCACAUGGCACAGGCUGUCCCAGCCGUCCACGCACACGGGUCCCAGCCGUCCACACACACGGCACAGGCUGUCCCAGCUGUCCACGCACACGGCGCAGGCUGUCCUCACACACACGGCGCAGGCUGUCCUCACGCACACUGGCAUAGGCUGUCCUCACACACACAGCGCAGGCUGUCCUCACGCACACUGGCAUAGGCUGUCCUCACGCACACGGCGCAGGCUGUCCUCACACACACGGGUCCCAGCCGUCCACGCACACAGCGCAGGCUGUCCUCACGCACACAGCGCAGGCUGUCCUCACGCACACUGGCAUAGGCUGUCCUCACGCACACGGCGCAGGCUGUGCCGGGUCCCAGCUGGCCGUCCUGCGCUCUCCGCUGCCCGGUGCUGGUGCCUGCAGCGCCUUCUCCCCCUCCUUGAUCUUUUUCCCUCCCUGGGAGUUGUUUUGUUAUUCCCGCUUUGAGGGUGUAGGUGGGGGUUUCGGGAUCCUGAUGUUGCCCUGAGGGAGCCACGGGCCCCUGCUGCCCCUCGUCUGUCACGAUGGCGCAGGGCCCCUGGGGACGCGGUGUCCUGAUGCUGGCAUCGCUGCUGGCCCACAGCCCGCUCCUGGGCACCUGCUCCAACAGGGACGUUUGCUCC